GAGCCGAAAAGGAAAAAGAAAGAGAGAGUCUCAGAAACAAAUCUCUCGUCUCAGUCUUAGGGUUUUGCGUUUGCUUCAUCGAUACACUCAGAGGAUAUGAGCGACGUAUUCAGUCACCGGGAUUCAAGACUCAUGGAUGAGGUCUUGAAUCAAAAACCACACGAUAUUUGCUGGGCCAUCGCCCUCACAAGACAAGCGACGUCAAUCCUACGAUCAUUAGGCGUCAUUCAAGAUGACCAGAGGCUCUCAAUACAAUACCUCAUCAACUCAGCUCGAUCUUCAGGGCCAGCUCCACCCGGUUGGAAGGGAGGUAUUGGAAGCUUGGAACAAGCAGCAGUCUUUUUCAAGCAGGGAGGAGCAGUUUUGAACACUGUCUGCCCGUUCACUACUAACGUCCAUUCUACAGUCAGUUCUACAAACCCGUCAUUUACUGGACAGAGGAGAUUUGUUUUUGAGACCACAAUUCACCGUAGAAGUGAUUUCCCAAGUUUAAAAGUGUUUGAACAAAAAUUGCUUAGUUGUCUUAUACAAAACCCAAUUGCAACAGCAGUACACGACUUUCCCUCUCUCGCUCGUAUUGGGAAGGAUGUUUAUGUACCAAACAAACACGAAGAAAGUCGCAGGGAUAUGGGCCAUAUCGAUGAACAGCACGUGAUGCUUCUUUGUGGGUCAACACCUAAGCACUGGUUAUUUCAGGAUUCCAUGGGUAAACGUAGAGGAGAAGCUGGUUACGUAAAAUUCAUGAAAACCAAGGAAACUAUCACCGAAUUUGCCGAGAUGAGGUUCUUGUACGAGGAAGAACAACCGGAUGGGCAGGGAAAGAGAAAGAGGCAGCAUUCCGGACGUGGUGGGCGCGGUGGUAAGCGCGGUGGUGGGCGCGGUGGUGGGCGCGUUGGUGGGCGCGGUGGUGGGCGCGGUGGUGGGCGCGGUGGUGGGCGCGUUGGUGGGCGCGGUGGUGGGCGCGUUGGUGGGCGCGGUGGUGGGCGCGGUGGUGGGCGCGUUGGUGGGCGCGGUGGUGGGCGCGUUGGUGUGCGCGUUGGUGUGCGCGUUGGUGGGCGCGUUGGUGGGCGGCGCGCAAAGCACUGCACCUUGAUUCCCCUUCAGAGGUACACAAAGGCGCUGAACACUUUCCAGAGAUCUGCCCUGGUUGAGAAAUCUAGACAGAAGCCCCAAGAGAGGAUGAACGUUCUGUCGAAAGCUCUGAAAGUGAGCAACUACGAAACUGAACCUCUCCUGCGUUCAUGUGGCAUUUCUAUCAGCUCCAACUUCACUCAGGUGGAGGGUCGUGUUCUUCCAGCUCCUAAGCUGAAAAUGGGACGUGGGGAUGUACUGUUUCCGCGCAAUGGUCGCUGGAAUUUCAACAACAAGCAAUUUGUUGAGCCAACCGAGAUUGACAAAUGGGCAGUUGCAAAUUUCUCUGCUAGCUGUAAUGUGCGUCAACUGGUUGAUGAUCUAAUCCGAAUUGGAGGAUCCAAAGGAAUUGAAAUUUCUGCCCCAUUUGAUGUGUUUGAGGAGGGUCAUCAGUUUCCCUUUUAUCCUCCUCUGAUUCGUGUAGAGAAGAUGUUUGAAGAGAUCCAGUCUAAGCUCCCUGGUGCUCCUCAGUUCCUUCUCUGUCUCAUCCCCGAAAGGAAGAACUGCAACAUUUACUAUUCGAUGUUGAGUGUGGAGCGUACUCCAGCCUUUACAACAGUGAUUUCAAAGGUUCAAACCAUCAUCCUUGGGAUGGAUGUUUCACAUGGAUCUCCUGGACAGUCUGAUGUCCCCUCCAUUGCUGCGGUGGUGAGUUCAAGGCAGGGGCCUCUAGUCUCGAAAAACAAAGCAUCUGUUCGGACACAGCCUUCAAAAGCUGAGAUGAUUGAGUCACUUGUCAAGAAAAAUGGAACUGAAGAUGAUGGCAUUAUCAAGUUCCAUUUUCUUGAUGAGAUUCAUUUCUCUCCUGAUGAGCUUCAAGAGCUCGUCCACUCGCUCUCUUACGUGUACCAAAGAAGCAUAACCGCCAUCUCUGUUGUUGCACCGAUCUGCUAUGCUCACUUGGCAGCUGCUCAGCUAGGAACGUUCAUGAAGUUUGAAGAUCAGUCUGAGACGUCCUCGAGCCAUGGUGGCGUGACAGCUCCAGGACCGGUCUCUGUUGCGCAGCUCCCUAAACUCAAAGACAACGUCGCCAACUCCAUGUUCUUCUGUUAGGUGUAGAAGAAGCAUCUCUCUAAACUCUAAUGUGCAGCAGCAGUCUGUUUUUUCCCCAACUUGGCUCUCUUUAAGUACUCUAGUAAUCGGCUUUUAUCCUAGGAUCUCUCGGUUUCUUUUGAAGUGGUUAAGGCAACUAAACAAUAGAUAUGGUAUGUAUUUUGUGACUCUAUUCGCCAGUCUUGUUGCCUGUAGGGGGGGCUUGAAAUAUACUUUGCUCGUUGACUCUUAAGUGGUUUUUAAUCUGGGAUGACUUAUUUUGUGUA